AUGAAGCCUCCCAUUUUUGGCUUAAAGCUUCAAGCUUUUUCACUAUUUCUUAGUGUUUUGUGUUCAGCAAUUCUGUUUGUUGAGUCUCAAACAAGCCCAGAUGAUGCUUCAGCCAUGUUGGCUCUCAAGAAGAGCCUCAUUUUACCAGAAAGUAUCGGAUGGUCAGACUCGGAUCCGUGCAAUUGGAACCAUGUGGUUUGCGCGGAGAAACGUGUUACCCGGAUCCAAAUCGGGCGCCAGAAUGUUCAAGGUACACUCCCUCAAGAACUAUCGUCUCUCACACAGCUUGAGCGAUUAGAGCUUCAAUGGAACAAUAUUUCUGGACCUUUACCAAGCUUGAAGGGGUUUAAUUCACUGCAAGUGUUGAUGCUUAGUAACAAUCAGUUUAGUUCCAUUCCUGCUGAUCUUUUUACUGGCAUGUCUUCUUUGACAUCUGUUGAGAUUGAUAAUAAUCCAUUUUCUGCUUGGGAAAUCCCGGAAAGCCUUAAAAAUGCUUCUACACUUCAGAAUUUUUCGGCUAAUUCCGCAAAUAUUACUGGAAAAAUUCCUGCAUUUUUAGGAGCUGACGAGUUUCCUGGUUUAACAAACUUGCAUUUGGCUCUCAAUAACUUGGAAGGGGAGUUGCCAUCAAGUUUUUCGGGUUCCCAGAUCGAGUCUCUGUGGUUAAAUGGGCAGAAACUUGGUGGAGAGAUUGGUGUUAUACAAAAUAUGACAUAUUUGAAGGAGGUUUGGCUUCAUGGCAAUGGAUUUUCUGGUCCAUUGCCUGAUUUUUCGGGCUUGAAGAAUUUGGAGAGCUUGAGUUUGAGGGACAAUUCAUUUACAGGGCCUGUUCCCUUGUCUUUGGUAAAUCUUAAUUCCUUAAAGAUUGUUAAUUUGACUAAUAAUUUGUUGCAAGGGCCAAUGCCGAAGUUUAAAGAAUCAGUUUCUGUGGAUAUGACAAACGAUACCAAUCGUUUUUGCUUGCCACAACCUGGUGAUUGUGAUUUUAGAGUGAAUACUUUACUUUCUAUAGCAAGAUCAAUGGAUUAUCCUAGAAAAUUUUCUGAGAAUUGGAAAGGGAAUGAUCCGUGUACCGAUUGGUUUGGGAUUACUUGCAACAAUAGGAACAUAACCAUUGUUAACUUUCAGAGUAUGGGGCUUACAGGUACAAUUUCUCCUGAUUUUGCUUCACUCAAGUCGUUGCAGAGACUGAUUCUUGCUGAUAAUAAUCUUACUGGCACUAUCCCGGAGGAGCUCACCACUCUGCCUGGACUUACCAAACUAGAUGUAUCAAACAACCAGCUUCACGGGAAAGUGCCAGCUUUUAGAAUUAACAUCAUUGUAAAGACAAAUGGAAAUCCUGACAUCGGGAAGGAUAAGAGUGCUUCAAGUUCUCCUCGUAUGACUUCUCCAAAUACACCCAAUUCUGGUUCUGAAAGUGAGGGUGGUUCACAAAAGGAUCAGAAGAAAUCUCGAAAUUGGAUUGGAGUGGUUGUAUUUUCUGUAAUUGGGGGUAUCUUUGUGCUUUGUUUGAUUGGAUUGGCAGCUUUCUGUCUGUACAAGAGCAAACAGAAGCGUUUUAGCAGAGUUCAGAGUCCAAAUGCUAUGGUAGUUCACCCUCGUCAUUCUGGAUCAGAAAACGAUAGUGUAAAGAUAACAGUUGCAGGAUCGAGCAUCAGUGUUGGUGCUAUCAGUGAAACUCAUACUGUUUCAACCAGUGAAACCGGCAACAUUCAAAUGGUUGAAGCAUCGAACAUGGUGAUCUCCAUUCAAGUUGCAGAUUUUGGCCUCGUGCGCCUUGCGCCAGAAGGGAAAGGCUCCAUUGAGACAAGAAUUGCUGGAACAUUUGGAUACCUGGCACCUGAAUAUGCAGUGACUGGAAGAGUGACUACGAAAGUGGAUGUUUUCAGUUUUGGUGUGAUCUUGAUGGAACUGAUCACUGGUAGAAAGGCACUCGAUGAGAGCCAACCUGAGGAAAGCAUGCACCUUGUGACAUGGUUCCGGCGAAUGCAUCUGAACAAGGAUACAUUCGGUAAAGCCAUCGACCCCACAAUUGACCGAAAUGAGGAAACUUUAGCCAGCAUCAGCACUGUUGCUGAACUGGCUGGCCAUUGCUGCGCAAGGGAACCAUAUCAAAGGCCCGAUAUGGGCCAUGCUGUCAACGUUCUUUCGUCUCUUGUAGAGCUUUGGAAACCAUCCGAUCAAUGUUCCGAGGACAUAUAUGGAAUUGAUCUCGAUAUGUCUUUGCCACAAGCACUUAAGAAGUGGCAGCAACUUGAAGGUAGCCAUGCAGACUCAUCAUCUUCAUCCUACUUACCGAGCUUGGACAAUACACAGACUAGCAUACCUACGCGGCCAUAUGGAUUUGCUGAGUCAUUCACAUCAGCGGAUGGCAGGUGA